GCGCGCGCGUGGGCCUCAGCGUUGACCAGUGCAGGAAGUGCGUGCACUCCAAAGCAGCCUUUCCCCAGUGCGCGUGUUAUUAUUAUCAGAGUUGCUCUGCAGGAAUAUGGCUUCACUUCACUUCUCCUGUCUUAUUGUACUUUUUGCUUGUCUGGGAUUUUGCCACGCGGCUUUUAACACAGAUGGAGAGCAACCUCCUCUCAAGAUUUUCCAUCACUGGUGUGCCUUAAAGAAGGAUGAAGGGCCCUGCAAGGCGUUAAAGGACAGAUUCUACUUCAACGUCGAGACGUUCCGCUGUGAGCCGUUUGAGUACGGCGGCUGUCAGGGCAACGAAAAUAAUUUCGAGACGGCAGAGGAAUGCGAAGAAAUGUGUCUGGUGAAAGCCAAAAAGAGUCCAUGCCACCUGGAGGAUGAGCCGGGCCCUUGCCGAGGCCUCGUACCGCGCUACUUCUUCGACAGCAAGGUGAACGAGUGCAGACGCUUCUUCUACGGUGGCUGCUUCGGAAACGCAAACAACUUCAGGACGCUUAAAGAAUGUCAGGACCGAUGCCCGCGUAAUGACACCGAGGACCCACGAGACGGGCUGAAGGCUGAAGAGAAGGCAGAAUCUAAUGUGCCGGCGGUCAUUAUACCUGACGUUGACUCGGGGUCCACGUCUCACACACAGCCUCAGAGGCUGCAGAGGCCGGAGUUCGACACCAACACGGAGCUGGACGUUCCCGAUUACUGCCUGAGUCCUGUGGAACAGGGCGAAUGUGAUGGCACGGAGAGGAGAUUUUUCUACAACUCCAUGACUAAGCGCUGUCAUGCCUUCAAGUACAGCGGCUGCGGAGGAAACAAGAACAACUUUGCCUUCAAGAGGCUGUGCAUGAAAACCUGCCUGAAAGAUUUCAGGAGGAACAGCCGAAUACGAAUAAAGACCAAGAAUGCCAACAUCUUAUUCCGGUCCGUCCGAGUCCCCUGAAUCGCUCCUGUUUCCUUUUUAAUGUGUAAUAUUAGUAUUUUAUACAGUAGAUCCAUAACAAUUAUACACUUUGUUAUACUAUUCUCUGUAUGUCUAUAUUUCUAAUGUUACUUAAUAACCGUUUAAAAUGUAACCUUAAAUGCCUUUUUUAUAAACCAAUUUUUAUUUUUGCACAUAUUUGAGUGUUCUGUUGUUCAGAAGGUUGUGAGUUCAAAUCUCAGGACUGCCAGAGCGUCGACACUGAUCCCCUGAGUGAGACUUUUAACCCAAGCUGUGCUUGGUUGUCACCUUGGAUUAAAGCAUCUCUGAACAAUGA